CAGUCAGUCAGCGUGCGUGCAGUCAGUAUUGUGCAGGAGCAGCAGACUCCCCGCAGGGAUUCCCAGGGUUACACAGACUGUCGUUUAGAUGGCUUAUAGAAAGGAGUAACUCAGUGAACGGCGCUGCAAACACUCUGUGAUCAUCCCGCGACACCAUUUACGACACCAUGGAGCAAGAAUUUGACGACAUUGACUCGUCCGGGGGAUGGCAAAACCUUUACAAUGAGAUCCGCAACCAAGCCAGUGAAUAUCCUUACAAAGUGGCAAAACUUCCAGUGAAUCGGAAUUUGAACCGCUACCGAGAUGUCAGCCCAUACGAUCACAGUCGUGUAAAACUUGAAAACUCUGAAAAUGACUACAUCAAUGCAAGUCUCGUCAUGGUGGAAGAAGCCCAAAGAGCUUACAUUCUUUCUCAGGGGCCUUUGAGGAAUACCUGUGGUCAUUUCUGGCUCAUGAUAUGGGAGCAGUGCUCCAAAGCCGUCAUAAUGCUCAACAGAGUCAUUGAAAAGGGAUCUGAAAAGUGUGCUCAGUACUGGCCCACCACAGAAGAGCAACAGAUGUCUUUCACAGACACAGGGUUUGUUGUCAGGCUACUUUCUGAGGAGGACCAAUCCUAUUACACAAUCCGAGUCCUAGAACUGCAUAACACAAUGACGAAAGAGUCCAGGGAGAUCUACCACUUUCACUACACCACGUGGCCUGACUUCGGUGUCCCAGAAUCUCCCGCCUCUUUUCUAAAGUUUCUCUUCAAGGUGCGGGAGUCCUGCUCGCUGGACCAGGAACACGGGCCCUCUGUGGUGCACUGCAGUGCUGGAAUUGGGCGUUCAGGGACCUUUGCCCUGGUGGACACCUGCCUGGUCCUGAUGACCAGGAGAAAAAACCCAUCAUCGGUGGACAUACAGAAGGUGCUACUCGACAUGAGGGAAUACCGCAUGGGUCUGAUCCAGACCCCUGAUCAGCUCCGCUUCUCCUAUAUGGCGGUCAUUGAGGGAGCCAGACUCGUCCUGACAGACUACUCCGCAGCACAGCAAAUCAAGCAGAUAGUGAUGUCCAGAGAUGACUCCCCCCCUCCACCACCUCCACCCAGACCUCAAUUCAAUGACAGCAGGCCCAACGGUCAGCCAGGACCCUGUCAGGAGCCACAACCUGUCUCAGGAGACCAACUACCUGCUGGAGAGCCAGACAGCCAAGACAACAGCAUUGCAGAGAACUCUGGACAAGUCAGAAAACGUCACCGUGAGGAGAGGAUUGCCAGCACCACGCAGAGGGUCCAGCAGAUGAAACAGAGACUUACCGACUCGGAGAAAGGUCGAGAGAAGUGGCUGUACUGGAGACCCAUCCUUCUCAACGUGGGUGCCGGGGCAGCUUUGGCAGCGGGCCUGCUGGUGUGCUGGAUGUACUUCCAGUGAAACAUCUGCAGUCACUUCUAACUGACUCAUAUUUUGCACCAGUACCUGGGAUUAGGUACUUCUCUAGGUUUUAGAUUUAGAAGGUAACAUGUGCAUAACUGAGGGUAUUUAUUUCUUAAGGUCAAAAUGCGGGAGCGCUGGAUCAAAUGAUUGUGUGUGUAUAUUUUUCAUGUAAGAUCUUAACAAAUAUAGUAACAUCUCAGGAUCUUGGUGCCAGCACGAUGAUUUAAUUUCUUUUCCUUCUUGUCAAUGUUGAUGAAUGUACUGUAUCAUAGCAAAAUGCUUUGAAAGAAACUUACUAAAGUUGCAGUACAAAGCAAACAAAUAUAUAUAUUCUAACAGGUUUGUUUUUGAAUUCUUUAUUUUUAAUGGUCAGAUGUGUUUUGAUCAUCUUUGGAUUCUUUUUACAUUUCAAAAAACCUUGUGUUGACUGUCCUUCCUACCUUGGAUAUGUAGGAAGACUUACAACUCAAGAAAUCAGCAAUGGCUUUUUUUCCUCUUUUUUUUUUUUAAUUGUUAGUUGAAGUUGCAUUUCAUGCAUGCAUUUGGACGUUCUCAAGAGCACCACUUGUUCUUCCAUUCACAUUAAGCAGGGCAUCCCAAAAUGGCCAGAUAUAUAUUUUUUGUGACGGGACACUUCAUGGGGAGCUGCCUUGCUGACAUUUCAAACUCGGCCAGAAUAUUAACCUUUAAUUUUCUCUUAUAAGAGCUUGAUUUUUUUUUUUAUUCCAUAGAUUUUUGCUUGUACAAUUUGUCUGGUCCUUCACCGCAUAUAGCGUGUGUUUACCCACUGGAUGGGUUCAUGUGUGUGUAUAUGUGUGUUCAGGUUAUCCCACUGUCGUUUUAAAGAGGAAACCAAAGCAAAGCUGUUUGAUUCUCAGAAGAGUACAGCCAAGAAGGCUGCUCAAUGGAAAACCUUGUACUCCAAAUGUGUGGAAUGUAAUUUCCAUCCGAUCUUUAGUAUAACAAACACCUGCAUUACAAAGUGAUAGCACUGUAGCUUGCAUUGUGUGUGACUUCUUAAUUUGAAACUAUAGCAUCCAGGAAUUGGUUUUCAGUUGACUUGUACCAGUCUGAAACUAUAAUAGUGCAAUGUAGAAGUUGGAGGCGAGCACUUUGGAUAAAAUGCCAGUUAGGGUAGUAAUAGUCUACAUUUAUCUUUACCUGUUUGUUUGCUGGUUGAGAUAGCUUUUUAUGUGCCUUGAAGUGAGUUAAAUGGAAAAGUGUGUGCUCCAAGCUUUCCUAGCAUGAUCAGUUUAGAUGACAGCUUAUGUAAGCCGGUGUUUCACGUGUAACACGAGAAACAGCGUUGAGAGUUUUGUUGUAAAUGGACGUGAAUGUCAUUAUCCCCCCCGUGUAUGCGUGGGAAGAGGAUUGGCUAGAUACCACUCUUGGACAUUGCUUUUACUAAGAUCUUAUUUAACCCAGAAGAGAUACGUGUGAACGUAACAUUCCAUUCAUUCUUGUUUUCCACAUAAGAUUUCAGGGGAGUUUUGUACACUGCUGAACUACAGUGAAAAACAUGGCAGAUGGUGUUUUAAAAAAAAGAAAAUAAAACACAAAAUACUUCUUAAAAUAAAACAUUCACCUUUUUUUACCAAA